AUGACGAUUCCGGCAUGCCUUGCCUUCUGCUCGGCGCAAUCGCUCGCGCUCGCCGGGCUGGAAUACGGGCGCGAAUGCUACUGCGCCUCGGCUCUUGGGCCCAACACGCUCCUGAAUGCAACCGGCUGCACGAUGGCGUGCGCCGGCGACAACACCCAGGUGUGCGGCGGCCGCUCCCGGCUGAGCGUGUACAACAACACGGCGCUGUCCGCCCCGGCGGCCAAACAGACCAUCGGCCAGUUUGCCUACCAGGGCUGCUACACCGACCCGUCGGCAGCGCAGCGCGCCUUGCAAGGCUACAGCACCUCGUCGAGCAGUAUGACGCAGGACCUGUGCGUUCAGACCUGUUCGGCCAAGGGAUACACGCUCGCCGGCGUCGAGUACGGUCGCGAGUGUUACUGCGCCAACAGCCUGGCCACCGUGCAGGUCGGAGGCAAGGCCGUCCAGGCCGCCGAGGGAGACUGUGGUAUGCUUUGUGCUGGCGAUAGGGAUGAACUGUGUGGUGGGAGCUCGAGGAUCGGUGUGUGGAUGGUGACCUGA